AUGAGAGCGAACGGGGCUCUGCAGGUGCUGGGCUUCCUCCUCAGCCUGGCCCGGGGCUCCGAGGUGGGCAACUCGCAGGCAGUGUGCCCUGGGACUCUGAAUGGGCUGAGUGUGACCGGCGAUGCCGAGAACCAGUACCAGACACUGUACAAGCUCUACGAGAGGUGUGAGGUGGUGAUGGGGAACCUGGAGAUCGUGCUCACAGGACACAAUGCUGACCUCUCCUUCCUGCAGUGGAUCCGAGAAGUGACCGGCUACGUCCUUGUGGCCAUGAAUGAGUUCUCUACGCUGCCACUGCCCAACCUCCGAGUGGUGCGGGGGACCCAGGUCUACGAUGGGAAGUUUGCCAUCUUUGUCAUGUUGAACUACAACACCAACUCCAGCCAUGCUCUGCGCCAGCUCCGCUUUACUCAGCUCACUGAGAUUCUGUCAGGGGGCGUUUACAUUGAGAAGAAUGAUAAACUUUGUCACAUGGACACAGUUGACUGGAGGGACAUCGUGCGGGACCGAGACGCCGAGAUAGUGGUGAAGGACAAUGGCAGGACCUGUCCCCCCUGUCAUGAGGUCUGCAAGGGGCGAUGCUGGGGUCCUGGACCAGAAGACUGCCAGACACUGACCAAGACCAUCUGUGCCCCUCAGUGUAACGGUCACUGCUUUGGGCCGAACCCCAACCAGUGCUGCCACGACGAGUGUGCAGGGGGCUGCUCGGGCCCUCAGGACACAGACUGCUUUGCCUGCCGGCUCUUCAAUGACAGUGGAGCCUGUGUACGCCAGUGUCCACAGCCUCUUGUCUACAACAAGCUAACUUUCCAGCUGGAACCCAAUCCCCACACCAAGUAUCAGUACGGAGGAGUUUGUGUAGCCAGCUGUCCCCAUAACUUUGUGGUGGAUCAAACGUCUUGUGUCAGGGCUUGUCCUCCUGACAAAAUGGAAGUAGAUAAAAAUGGACUCAAGAUAUGUGAACCUUGUGGGGGUCUGUGCCCCAAAGCUUGUGAGGGGACGGGCUCUGGGAGCCGCUUCCAGACUGUGGACUCGAGCAACAUUGAUGGAUUUGUGAACUGCACCAAGAUCCUGGGCAACCUGGACUUUCUUAUCACCGGCCUCAAUGGAGACCCCUGGCACAAGAUUCCUGCUCUGGACCCUGAGAAGCUCAAUGUCUUCCGGACAGUGCGGGAGAUCACAGGUUACCUGAACAUCCAGUCCUGGCCUCCCCACAUGCACAACUUCAGUGUCUUUUCCAACCUGACGACCAUUGGGGGCCGAAGCCUCUACAACCGGGGCUUCUCACUGUUGAUCAUGAAGAACUUGAAUGUAACAUCUCUGGGCCUCCGAUCCUUGAAAGAAAUUAGUGCUGGGCGUAUCUACAUAAGUGCCAAUCGACAGCUUUGCUACCACCAUUCUUUGAACUGGACCAGGCUGCUUCGGGGGCCUUCGGAAGAGAGACUGGACAUCAAGCAUAAUCGGCCCCGCAGAGACUGCGUGGCAGAAGGCAAAGUGUGUGACCCACUGUGCUCCUCUGGGGGAUGCUGGGGCCCAGGCCCCAGUCAGUGCCUAUCUUGUCGAAACUACAGCCGAGGAGGAGUCUGUGUGACCCACUGCAACUUUCUGAAUGGGGAGCCUCGUGAGUUUGCCCAUGAAGCUGAAUGCUUUUCCUGCCACCCGGAAUGCCAACCCAUGGAGGGCACUACCACGUGCAAUGGCUCGGGCUCUGAUGCUUGUGCCCAGUGUGCCCAUUUUCGAGAUGGGCCCCACUGUGUGAGCAGCUGCCCCUUUGGAGUCCUCGGUGCCAAGGGCCCCAUCUACAAGUACCCAGAUGCUCAGAAUGAAUGUCGGCCCUGUCAUGAGAACUGCACCCAGGGGUGUAAGGGACCAGAGCUACAAGACUGUUUAGGCCAAACACUGGCACUGAUCAGCAAAACCCAUCUGGCAAUGGCUUUAACAGUGGUGGUAGGAUUGGCAGUGAUUUUCCUGAUCCUGGGCAGCACUUUUCUCUAUUGGCGUGGGCGCCGGAUUCAGAAUAAGAGGGCUAUGAGGCGCUACUUGGAACGGGGUGAGAGCGUAGAGCCUCUGGAUCCCAGUGAGAAGGCUAACAAAGUCUCGGCCAGAAUCUUCAAAGAAACAGAGUUGAAGAAGCUUAAAGUGCUGGGCUCGGGCGUCUUCGGAACUGUGCACAAAGGAGUGUGGAUUCCUGAGGGUGAAUCGAUCAAGAUUCCAGUCUGCAUUAAAGUCAUUGAGGACAAGAGUGGACGGCAAAGUUUUCAAGCUGUGACGGACCAUAUGCUGGCCAUUGGCAGCCUCGACCAUGCCCACAUUGUACGGCUGCUGGGACUGUGCCCAGGGUCAUCUCUGCAGCUCAUCACUCAGUACCUGCCUCUGGGCUCCCUGCUGGAUCAUGUGAGACAACACCGUGGGGCACUGGGGCCACAGCUGCUGCUCAACUGGGGAGUACAAAUUGCCAAGGGAAUGUACUACCUUGAGGAACACGGUAUGGUGCACAGGAACCUGGCUGCCCGAAAUGUGCUACUGAAGUCACCCAGUCAAGUUCAGGUGGCAGAUUUUGGGGUUGCUGACUUGCUGCCCCCUGAUGAUAAGCAGCUACUGCACAGUGAGGCCAAGACUCCAAUUAAGUGGAUGGCCCUCGAGAGUAUCCACUUUGGGAAAUACACACACCAGAGUGACGUCUGGAGCUAUGGAGUGACAGUUUGGGAGCUGAUGACCUUUGGGGCAGAGCCCUAUGCAGGGCUGCGACUGGCUGAAGUACCAGAUCUGCUGGAGAAGGGGGAGCGGUUGGCACAGCCCCAGAUCUGUACCAUUGAUGUCUACAUGGUCAUGGUCAAGUGUUGGAUGAUUGAUGAGAACAUUCGCCCCACCUUUAAAGAACUAGCCAAUGAGUUCACCAGGAUGGCCCGAGACCCACCACGGUACCUGGUCAUAAAGAGAGAGAGUGGGCCUGGAAUUCCGCCUGGGGCAGAGCCCCCUGCUCUGACAAACAAGGAACUGGAGGAAGUAGAGCUGGAGCCAGAACUAGACCUAGACCUGGAGUUGGAGGCAGAGGAGGAGAACUUGGCAACCACACUAGGCUCUGCCCUUAGCCUGCCACUUGGAACACUUGCUCGGCCACGUGGGAGCCAGAGCCUUGUAAGUCCAUCAUCGGGAUAUAUGCCUAUGAACCAGGGGAAUCUUGGGGAGGCUGCCCAGGUAAGGUCUGUCUCUUUAAGAGGAUGCCAAGAGUCUGCAGUUCGUGGGUGUAGUGAACGGUGCCACCGUCCAGCCUCUCUGCACCCAGUGCCACGGGGACGCCUGGCAUCAGAGUCAUCGGAGGGCCAUGUGACAGGCUCCGAGGCUGAGCUCCAGGAGAAGGUAUCCAUGUGUAGAAGCCAGAGCCGGAGCCCACGGCCACGAGGAGACAGUGCCUACCAUUCCCAGCGCCAUAGCCUGCUUACUCCUGUCACCCCACAGUCCCCACCAGGGUUAGAGGAAGAGGAUGUCAAUGGUUAUGUCAUGCCAGAUGCACACCUCAAAGGUACCUCCUCCCGGGAAGGCACCCUUUCUUCAGUGGGUCUCAGUUCUGUCCUGGGUACUGAAGAAGAAGAUGACGACGAGGAGUAUGAAUACAUGAACCGGAGGAGAAAGUGCAGUCCAUCUCGUCCCCCUAGGCCAAGUUCCCUUGAGGAGCUGGGUUAUGAGUACAUGGAUGUGGGAUCAGACCUCAGUGCUUCCCUGGGCAGCACACAGAGUUGCCCGCUCAACCCCGUGCCCACCAUGCCCAACGCCAGCACAACUCCGGAUGAAGAUUAUGAAUAUAUGAAUCGGCGACGUGGUGGAGGAGGUCCUGGGGGGGAUUAUGCAGCCAUGGAGGCCUGCCCAGCAGCUGAGCAAGGGUAUGAAGAAAUGAGAGCUUUCCAGGGGCCUGUACACCAUGGCCCCCAGGUCCAUUAUGCCCGCCUCAAAACUCUACGUAGUUUAGAAGCCACUGACUCUGCCUUUGAUAACCCCGAUUACUGGCAUAGCCGGCUUUUCCCCAAGGCUAAUGCCCAGAGAACAUAA